UGAGGUUAAUUCCAUAUUUAUGACGACACGUUAUUUCCCUGUAGGUUUAUGUCCGUCGAAAUUAUUUCUUCUCUGUCUCUACAGAUGAGAUGAGACAUUUUACUGACAUUAUAUUCAGACAACGGUAUAACAACAACAAUAAUAACACAGCUGCUUUUGGUAUUUUGCUUGCGUGGUGAGUGUGGGGAUUGACAUCGACUUGGUUUCCCCAUCUGUCAGACUGAAUUACCAUGUCAGAAUCCUCUCUAUCGUGCAGUACUCAAAGGAGUUAAUUUCUGUGGGAGCCCCUUAGUUACUGAGUCAGAUCCCCAAAUACAUGACUUGCAGUGGGAAACUGGAACUACCUGUUCUACUUUCUUCUCUGCACAGUUCAGUAAAUUAUUUUUACUGAAGUCACUGAGGCUUCUUUAGUUUUUUAUGUUGAAUGUUAAGGUUUAUAUCAGUACUUGUUCACUGUCCAUAUCUUAUGUAAUAAAUGGAAGAAAUAUUAAAUUGACAGUCAUAAAAGCAAAUACUAUAAAAUAGUACAAUAUUUGAACAAGAUGGAGAAGCCCUUCUAAGCUUCGUUGUGUCUACAUACAAAGAUGUAUAAACUAAAACUAAACUAAGUGAAUUUUGAAUAGUAAAGGACUUUUGUUAAUGCGUGAGCUGCAUCCUUUACAGUUUUACUUACUGUUAAGAGCAUUAAAAAAAACAAAAACAAAUAAUCUACAAAAUCUGAUAAAUUAUUCUUAGGGACCUCCCCGUUGUCACUAAUCUACUGUCCUGACAAUCUACUGUCAGGUCUGUCCAUGCAGAAUCUCUCCCUUUCAUUAUUUCAUAAAAGGAGCAGCGAUAUAGUUCAUCACCUUUCUCUGGCCUAACAUUGUUCACCACAGCACAGCAUUGUUGGCAGGGUGACAUUGUACCCCUCCUUAUUAUGUUUCACCAUAAUCCAAUGUGAGUUCAGAAUAUUCCGCAACAAAAUAAUUGAAAUCGCCAUUGUAUAAUGUAUAUUUGGCCAUGUGCCAUAUGCAGUCAAGACCACAUGCUGUGUCUACAUGUGUCAGCUCACACUCUAACUCUAACUAACAUAUGGCAGUUUUCAAUUUAUUCUCACUAGACAAUUGCUCAUUGAAGGCUCAUGAAGGCAAAGAAGAGGUUAACUUCGGUUAUUAGUGAAUGUUUUAACCUCAUCGCAAACUUCAUGAGGUGAACAUUCUCUGGUUCUGUCACUCACAGUUUUCACAGUGAGAAAAUAUUUGGAGACUGGCCCUGUGAUUAGCUGAACAUGUUUAUACUUGCUUUUUACUAUUGCCAAGGCAGUUUUUUGAGUCCCACAUGGCAAACUCAAUUCUUUAAUCAGAGAGUAUUCCUGGUCUCAGUUGACUACUUACUAAGGCAUACCUUUAUAUACUUUGUAUUUUAGGGGUGGAAUAGUUUGCACAGCAGCCCUGCAUAUGUGUUUUUGUGCUCCAGUUCUUGACAAAAUGGCUGUAAAACAGGUUUAGUUCCUGUGCUGGAGUGGAGGAACUGGUCACAGAAGUAUAUGUUGUUCCCUUAUAUGCUUUGAUUCCCUCGCACAACUGCUGAGAAGUUGUUAAGGUAUUGAAGUGAGCAGUUUUCUAUAAUUUGCUUUGGCUGAUUUAAUGCCAUUUUAUCAGCAGUCAUCCAUGUUUUUAAUAGAAAAGAUACAGAUCAAGGGUAUAGUUUUGUACACAAAAAGGUUCAUAUGAUGCAUAACUGCGGUAGUGUAUUCAUCAAGGAACCGGUACAUUAAUAAUCAGCUUACAGCUAUAGUGCUGAAAUGAAAAGUGUGGUUGUUUUCAUUUUCAUCAAAUAAUUUAUAUACAGAUGUUGGUCAUGUAAUUAGAAUAUCAGAAAUAAUUUAUUUAUUUCACUAAUUCUAUUCAUUACACCAAGUCUGAUAAUUUUCAAAUGUUUAUUUCUUUAAUUGUGAUGAUAAUAACGAAUACCCCAAAUUCUGCAUCUUAAAAUUACAUUAUUACUUAAUACCAACACAAAAAAAGCAUUCUUAGAAAUCUCGGCAUACAGAACAGUAUGUAUGAACAUGAAAGUAUGAGCAUGUGCAGCACUCAAUACUUAGUUGGGGCUUCUUUUGCCUGAAUUACUGCAACAAAGCAGCAUGGCAUGGAGUCGAUCAUUCUGUGGCACUGCUCAGGUAUUAUGAGAGUCCAGGUUGCUCUGAUAGUGGCCUCCAGCUCUUCUGCAUUGAUAAAUCUGAAACUUUACACUGGACCUCAAGCAAUGCUUAUUCUGUGCCUCUCCUCUCUUGCUCCAGACUUUGGGACUCUGAUUUCCAAAGGAAAUGCAAAACUUACUUUUAUCAGAGAACAUACUGUAACUUUGAAGCACUCAACAGCAGUCCAGUGCUUUUUGUCUUCAGCCGAGACAAGAUGCUUCUCACGCUAUCUUUUGUUACAGAGUGACUUGACAUAAGGAAUGCGACGGCUGAAGCCCAUGCUUUGCAUAUGUCUGUGCGUAGUCCCCCACAUUGUUGAAUGGGUUUUGUUUCCCAAUUCUUUCCAGGGUAACUCCUAUUGCUUGAACACUGUUUUCUGCUACAUCUUUCCCUUGCCUUUGCCUCUGUAAUAAUACGCUUGGACACAGAGCUCUGUGAACAGCCAGCCUCGUUUGCAAUGAGCUUAUGUGUCUUGCCCUCUUUGGUGUCAGUGGUCGUCUUUUGGACAACUGUCAAGUCAGCAGUCUUCCCCAUGACUGCGUAGCCUACAGAACUAGACUGAGAGACCACUUUGCAGGUGUUGUAAGUAAAAUAUCUUUUUAGAGUGUGGCACCAAGUGUCUUUAGAAUAUUGUGAAAAGAUUUAGUAUUCAUUUUCUGUGAUACUGAAUUUGGGAUUUUCAUUAGUUGUCAGUUAUAAUCAUCACAAUAAAAGAAAUAAAUAUUUAAAAUAUGUGUUCGUAAUGAAAGAAAAUAAUAUACAAGUUUCGCUUUUUGAAAAUUUGAAAUUAAUAAAAAUAAAUCAUGAUGAUAUUCUUAAUUAUAUGAUCAGCACCUGUAGUAUCGAACUGUCCUUCCAUGCGAGUCAGGAUUUGUGUAAUUUGUUAGAACGCCACUGUCUGUCUAGUCAAGUGCUCUGUUUAAGGUUGCAAAUGUCUUGAGUUAUACCAUGGGCCCAACCUCACUGCCUCCUUCUUCAGAGGGACAACAGCGUCUAACAUUGUACGCAGUGAAGGUGCAGCAUCAUCAACAGGGCGAUUUUAACUGUUCAUGAAUGGGAUUAAAGUGACUGCUCUUCUCUGUGAAAAAAUUGGAACAUUUGUUUCCAGCCAGUGUACAGUAAUUCAUGUUAAACUAGAUAAAGCAUUUCCAUAGGAAAAUGCACAGUGAAUGCUGCCAUGCUGAAUGUAUUCCUGGAGCUGAAACAUUUACGUCAGCUGAAAAUAGCUGAAGCAUGUAAAGCACAGAUGCAUGUAUUUGAAGAGAAUGAGUUGUUUAAACUGAACUGAAUGUUUGCAGAACAAGCUGAAGCAGUUAAAUUUCAAAUUGAGAAAAGUUGAAACAGAUUUGCUGAAAUUGAAGAACUGAUGAAAAUACAGAAAGACACAAUAUACCUAAAUGUGACAAACAGCUAAAUCUCAAAUGAAUAGGUUUAAGUUCAAGAGAUAAAAGAAUAGCUUAAGGUUAUGGAAACAUUUAAUACACCUAAAAGUAGCUGUGGAGGGAAAAACUGGAGCUUUGACAUAAAUGUGUGCAGGUAAUUGCUAAAGAGUAAAAUAGUCUCUAGUCAUAAAUCAACUAAAAUCAGAAAUACUGCUAUCUUUAGCUAAGGAUAAGGAUUGCUGCUUUUAUUUUGAAAGGAUAUCAAGGAAGCCUGUGCAGGUAAUUGCUCAACUGUAUAUUAGUCUAAUAACUAGUCAUAAUAGAGCAGAAAUAUUGCUAUUUUUAGCUAAAAAUCAGGAUUCGGGCUUGGAAGGAUUUUAAGGGGCUGUGUGCUUAAAAGCUAAACUGUAAAAUAGUCUUAUUAACCAGUCACAAUUACCCAUUCAAUACCAAAAAUUAUGUUAUUAAAGCUAUACAUUUGGAUUGGUGCUUUUAAUUUGAAAGGAUUCAGAGUGUGUGAUUUAUUUCUAAACAAUCAAACAGUGUAACAGUGCAUAGAGCUGCUACACUGAGCAUUAGGAGUGUGACCAAGAGAGUUGCACCUCUGCUAAACAGGCUCCUUACAGCAAUACCAUUAUACCUAUCACAAAAAUAAGUAAAUGUAAGUAAACAAUCGGUACGAAAUAAAUAAGGAGGGAUGUACCUUAGGCUAACACAUUCAUAACUAAACAACUGUUGUAAUGUGGUUUACCUUGGAGAAUAAUACUAAUACCAAUAUUAGUGUUAAGGUAUGUGCACUUACUCAUACAAACAUAUACAUAUCAUAUACAUACACAUAUGCAUUGUUAUACAUAUCCCAUACUACUUAAUAAUAGUCAUACAACACGACAAUUUCUAUAUUCACACAUUAUUGAUAUUAGUAGUGAUAAGUACCAGUAAUACUUACAGUUGGGUUUGGAAAGCCUGUUUAUCAGGUCAGGUGUUGAGUGUCCCACUACAAGGUUAGUAAAGCUGUAGCUUAACAUUCACCCAAAGGGUAAGGCAGACGUUGGUGCAUGAACAAUGCCACUUGUAAAAGCCAAGGUGAUGGGAGGAGCUCGGCCACUACGCACAGCACAAGGACGUGCAGACGGUCCACAUACCCCGGGCGGAAAACAAGGACCCCCCACACUCCAAAUGAACCACACGCAUACAGACUCACACAAACACAGACGCACACACACCCACAUGUAUAUCAACACACACACCAUAAACUCUCUCACAACAAACUAGUCAAUCGUACGUGAACCCAUGCAAUCUUAGAUACAUUCUCGCACGCACACUGUUCGCUUGUGGCCUUCCAUUCCACAAAGGAAGCAAAUCACUGGUCUACACUAUCACUGGCUUUGGUUGGUUGAUUGGUUGUUUCUCUCUCGUGUGAGGCUUACCAACAUUACGAGUUAGUCUUUGCUGAAAUGGAGGGUUUAGCUGGUAGUUCAGCAAACUUAGCAGCCUCCUCAGCCGAGUUUGGAUUAUGUUCUUUCAUCCAACCCUGUAGCUCAAGGAAAAACCUUUCACAAGUAUUGCUCCAAUAUUAUAACUUCAUCAACCUCAUUGAUUGUUUUUGGGACCUCGCAGCGUGACGUGCAACAACUUUUUUACGUUCUACAAACUUGGCCAGCGGAUCUUGUGAAAAUAUCACACACUCUAGCUCACGCAAUACACACAAAAAAACACCCUAUGUCUAAACUGCUCUAAAUGAGAAAGUAUUGAAGAUAUUAAAAAGCUGAACAAAAGAUCAAUCAUUGAAUAGUUGAAGAUUGUUUUGUAGUUCAGAUGGUCUCUGUAGCUUAAAGUAUGCUGAAGUAGUUAAAGCUGAAAAAAGACAAAGCUAAAGAGGGUUUGAAAAUGGUUUUCCAUCAAUUUCAAUAGGAGAAUAGAGAGGGAGUUUCUCCUCUUCACUGUUGCUGUCAAAUUAAAAGCUUGCUGUAUGUGGGAUUUGUUGGGUUUAGUUGUGUAAGGUCUUAAACCUUACCUUGUAAAGUGCCUUGAGAUAACCUUGUUGUGAUUUGGCGCUAUAUAAAUAAAAUUGAAUUGAAUUGAAUUGAAUUUUGCUUAAAAAAACUUAAUAGCGUGAAAAAUAUAAAAGAUAUGGAUGGGAAAAUAAUAUCAGAAGAAGAAGAAGAAGAAGCUAAUGUGGGAGAAAUGUGACCUCUCUUCCUAAGUCCCAUCAGAACUCUAGCUGCAGCAUUUUGAAUAAACUGUAGGCUUUUUAAGGAGCUGUUAGGACAUCCUAUGAGUAAGCAGUUACAGUUAUCCAGCCUAGAGGUAACAAAUGCAUGAAUUAGUUUCUCUGCAUCGCUCUGAGAGAAGAUGCUUCUGAUUUUAGCUAUAUUUGUAAGGUAAAAGUAGGUGGUUCUGGAUCCUGGUCAAAGAUGACACCAAGGUUCCUCAUAGUAGAAUCUUAAGCUAAUGUCAUGUUUAGGUUAUUUUUAGGCCUAACGAUAAGAAUUUUACAACAAUUUUAUCUGAAUUUUAGUAAGGACAGAGACUAGACUAUUGUCUGAAGCUAAGAGAAGAUUUUUAAUGACUCUAACCAGAGCGGUUUCUGUGCGUACAGGUUAUUCCCAGUCAGGUGUUCAGAUAAUUGGUUAGCCACGAUUUUUUUUUUAAUUUUAGAAAUAAAGGGUAAAUUUGAAAUGGGCACUUACAAGUUUUCAUCUGGCCUUGCAACGGAAAGUAGUAAGAAACAAUGACGGUGUAAGAAUCGGUGCCAUUUGAGGAAUGACCAAUCAGAGCAAAGCAUUCUUUAAUUUUAUUAGUAGUUCUCAGCACAGACCGCUGAUGGCUUGUUGAGAAAUAGCAUUCUAAUAAUAGGACAGUGACACAAAAGGAGAAUAAAAAAAUUAAAAUAAUUACAUAAAAGAAAUUAAAAAAAAAAUCUCAUUGCAUUCAAUAUUUAAACACACAAGUAUUGUAACACAAUAAUGGUCAUUUAAGCAUUCACAAAUUGAUUCGGAAAAAUCAGUAAUGAUGCACAUGUGGACUCUGAAAUAGGUCUGUUGGGUUGUAUAAAAAUAUCUUAAAUGAAGCCCUGUAGUUUAUGGCUCAUGUGCCUGUUCCUGUGGUACUAGGUCCCUGUUCAGGUUCGAGAAGCUGACACACUCUUCACAUUUAAGAUUAGGCUUAAAACCUUCUUUUAUGAUAAAGCUUAUAGUUAGAGAUGGUUUAGGUCACUGGCAAUGAUCGUUAGUCACAGGAACCAUCUAGUAGUUAAGCUGCAAUAGACAUAGACCCUGAGUGACUUAAUUUAAACACUGAGCUCCUCUUUUUCCUUCUAUCUCUAUCAUAUAACCUCCCAUCAUUGAUCUGUGUUUAACUAACCUUGUUUAUUUCUCUCCAGUAGUUGUGCUUCUCCCUCUCGCUCUUCUCCCCACUCUGACCCCAUUUAACAUCAAACUCUUUUGUGUCUGUGAUGGGCAGAUGCGGAUCCAACCAUCUUGCCUGUCUCCAGUUCCUGGUCCCACCAUCUUCUCUGUGCUGUUGUUGAUCGUUGUUGUUGCUGUGCUUUUCUCUCUGUCUAUCCCCUCACCCCAACCAGUCGAGGCAGAUGGCCGCUCACAUUAAACCUGGUUCAGCUGGAGGUUUCUUCCUCCUUAGAGAGGGAGUUUUUCCUCUCCACUGUUGCAGUCAAAUUGUGGUCAGGGAGCUGACACAGUAUCUAUGAGGAAAAGAAUCUCCCUCCAAUCCUGGCUCACUUUAAACAGGUCCAACAAGAGUUUGAAGUAUGAUGAACCACUCAGUGUUGCCUGAUAUAUAACCUGGAUAGAACUGGAAGAGGACUACAGGGACCAAAGCAAAUCACCAUGGCAGUUUUCAAGCCUGAAAACGUAGAGGACUUGUAUGACAUUGGAGAUGUUUUGGGAAGUGGGCAUUUCGGUCAGGUUCGACAGGUUCGUGAGAGAGCCACUGGGACUACUUGGGCUGCGAAGUUCCUGAAGAUUCGGAAGAAUGCGUACAGCCGACUGGGUCUGGACAGGGACAGUGUGGAGCGGGAGGUGGAAAUUCUCCAAGCUGUGCAACAUUCUAACAUUGUAACUCUCAAAGACGUUUUUGAGAGUCGAUCUGAAGUGGUGUUAAUUCUGGAGCUUAUUAGCGGAGGGGAGUUGUUUGACUUCAUUGCUGAGAAGGAGAGUCUAUUGGAGAGUGAGGCCAUUGAGUUCAUGAAGCAGAUCCUGGAGGGAUUGGGAUUUAUGCACAGCAGGAACAUUGCUCACUUUGACCUGAAGCCAGAGAACAUUAUGCUGUUGGACAAAGCGUUACCACAUCCCAACAUCAAAUUAAUCGACUUUGGUCUGGCCCACCGCUUUGUUCCGGGUGAAGAGUACAGGAGCACAAGUGGCACGCCACAGUACAUUGCCCCUGAGGUCAUCAACAAUCAGCCUCUGAACACAGCAGCAGACAUGUGGAGCAUAGGAGUCAUUACCUACAUUUUGUUAAGUGGUUUGUCACCGUUUCAAGGCGACACUGAUGAGGAGACUCUAAAGAAUGUUGAUGCCAUGAUGUACAGGUUUGAUGCACAACAUUUCAGCAUGACCAGCUCAAUGGCCAAAGACUUCAUCCAGAAACUUCUAGUAAAAAAUCCCUGUGAAAGAAUGACAGCAGAAGAGAGUCUUCUUCAUCCAUGGAUUAAGCCAAUCACAAGCAAACAAGUUGCCAAUAGGAAUCGGUCCUCAAUCAAUAUAAAGAACUUUAAGAAGUUCAAUGCAAGGAGGAAAUGGAAGAUGUCUUACAACAUGGUAUGGAUGUGUAACCGGCUGGUCCAGUUGAAACCUUUUAAAGUCAAGUCAGAACCAGAUCCACUCGAGAGACAGUGUGAAAGUGAUGUAGAGGACACAGAAAGCAAGCCUGCUUCACUGAUACGUCGGAGACUCAGCAGCAGUUCAUAGAGCAUAAACCGGCAGAUGAGGCCCCCCAACCCAGACAAGAGAGAAUUGCUUGGCUUUGUGUUUACUGAAACAGAAGACUAAGUUGAUUUCAGGUCAUAUCGGGUUAUUUGAUGAGUAUUUUAAUUAGCUACAAUUAGCAGUGUAUUUCUACUGCCUAAAUGAUCAGACUAAUUGUUUUCUCUGACUUUCUAUUUUUAAAAAUGUUUUAUUCAAAUAUAUUUUAGUUUAAAAUGGUGUGCAAUGGCUAAUACUCGUAAACAUAUUUACAGUAACCAUACAAAACCAUCAAAAUUAGGGAUGUAACUGUUUUGAAAUGCAGUAAAAUCUCAUGUUUUAAUUAAUAAUUAAAUGAAUUAAUACGAAAUUAUGCACUGCCUUUAACAGAAGUCAGUAACUUUAAGCAAAAUUGCCAUACUUUCUUUGAAUAGACUGUUUGAGCCAACAGCAGUGUACACUUUACGCCACUGCAGUUGCCAUUAGUAGAUUUAGAAAUUUGUGCCUUGAAAGACAAAGAAACAAAUUCAAAACCUAUGUGUCAGAACACAUGAUCUGAUCCAUUUUGAAGAUGAUCUCAUUACCAAUUAAAAAUUUGUGUACUGUGAAUUCUUAUCUGUUAUAUGUAAUAUUUUCUUUUAAAAUGGCACAGUCAUGUUGUACACGACCUAACUACCCACAGCAAAAUGUAUAAACAUUUAUUUGUGUAGUAUUUUAUUUUAUUAACAUUUUUUUUUAGUGUUGUAAGAUGCCAUCACUACCAAAACUGCCACUUCUGUCACUUAUUUUUAUGGAUAUGUUGGAGAACUUACUGUUUAACUGUUUAACUGCUGCUUGUUUGUCAUUUUAUUCAUCAGACAGAACAGUUAAUCUAUAAUUUCAUUAAGCAUACAGCAUUAAAUUUCCUUCUGUUAAUGAAAGAAAAACCCACAAUGGUCAUGAAAAUAACUUGAAACUUAUGUAACUAUUAAUAAAUACAGUAAAGAUGUACUGAAGAGCUACGAAGCUAUGAAAAUCAGAUGUUGUUUUUGAAUUGUGGCUCAACAGAACUGUAUUGAAAAUUUAAAAACAAACUAAUGAUACAGCCCUGGACAAAAUGUUGGACUUUUCAAGGUAAUCACUGUACUCAAACGAUUUCUGUAAUGUCAAUGAGUCUUUUGUCAACAGGUAUUUACGCUCCUCGUGAGCAAACUGCUUCAGUUGUCUCAGGUUUAAAGGCUUCCUUCUCUAGAUAUGUCACGUUUAAGGUCCUUCCAAGGAUGUUUAAUGGGAUCCAGAAUAGUCCAAUGUUUUCGCUUUUAUGCAUUCUUUAUCUAUUCGUUCCGUUUUGGGUUAUUACCCUCUUGGAAGACUGAGACUAAGCUUUCUGAAACUAGGCAGCACAUUUCUGAAUUGUUGUUUUUGAUAGUUUUGAGAUUCCACGGUACCCUGGAGAUUGCAGACACCCACUGCCAGAUGCAGCAAAGCAACCCCAGAACAUAACCUCCACCUCCAUACUUUACAGUAGGGACAGUUUUCUUUUCAUUUGGUUCAUUUUUGCAUCUUUGAACUGAUGUGCCUUGCCAAAAAGCUCUGGUUUUGUCUCAUCUGUUGAAAGAGCAUUCCAUAAGAAGCUUUGCGGCUUGUCAACAAUUUUAGUCUUGUUUUUUUAUGAUUUACUUUUAAUAGUGGUGUGUUCCAGUUAUGUUCACAUUGGCUCAAACAACAAUAGAUGGUGCGAACUGACACUGAUAUACUUUGACCUGGGAGUUAACUUUGUGGGUUGUGCUGGGCUCCUUGGUUACCAUUUUUAUUAUCGGUUCCUUUUUCAUUUGUUAUAAAAUUUUCUUUUGUGACUACUUCCAUGAAGGUUGGCCACAGUCCAGUGGACCUUAAACUUCUGAAUACUAUAUGCAACUUCAGGGACAGGGACAUCAAGCUGCUUGGACAUAAUAAACUUAAAGCCUUAAA